AUAACGUCUUGGCUCCACUCUCAGACUGAACAGAGGCCUGCCAUGGCGACCCCCGUCGCCUCCCCUCUCCUGCUCCCCCACCCCGCCCCGACCUUCCCUCCCCGCCGCUUCGCCGCCACCCGUCGCCUCCUCCUCUCCCUCCCCCCGCACGCCGGCCGCCCGCGCCUCCGCAACCCUCCCCCCGCGCCGGUGGAGGAGGCCGCCGCCGCGGCCGUGGAAGAGUACGAGGCGCCGCCGCUCAGGCUCCUCGACCCGCCCCAGGAGGAAGAGCCCUACCCGGACGAGAUGGAGGCGGCCGACCCCGACUUGUACCGGAUCGGGUACGCCCGGAUGAUGCGCGCCUACGGGGUCGAGUUCCUCGAGGGGCCCGACGGCAUGGGCGUCUACGCCUCCCGGGACGUCGAGCCGCUCCGCCGAGCCAGGGUGAUAAUGGAGAUCCCGUUGGAGCUCAUGCUGACUAUAACUAAAAAACAUCCUUGGAUGUUCUUUCCUGACAUUAUCCCACUAGGACAUCCCAUAUUCGAUAUCAUCGAGUCAACGAAUCCCGAGACAGAUUGGGAUUUAAGAUUAGCCUGCCUUCUUCUCUAUGCAUUUGAUGUAGAAAACAACUUUUGGCAGUUAUACGGUGAUUUUUUACCUAGUGGUGAUGAAUGCACCAGCUUGCUUCUGGCACCUAAGGAGGAUCUUAUGGAACUGGAAGAUGAAGAUUUGUCCUCAGAGAUGUUAAAACACCAGCAGCGAGCAGUUGAUUUUUGGCAGAAACACUGGCAUAAAGCAAUCCCUCUCAAGCUAAAGCGGCUUGCCCCUGACCACGAGAGAUUUCUCUGGGCAUUGAGCAUUGUUCACUCUCGCUCUUUCAACUUGAAUAUGAGAAUGGGAGCUCUCAUUCAAGAUGCAAAUGUCCUGGCUCCUUAUGCCGAUAUGCUGAAUCACUCACCUGAUGCUAACUGUUUCCUGCAUUGGCGUUUCAAAGAUCGAAUGCUUGAAGUUAUGAUUAAGGCGGGGCAUGCUAUCAAAAAAGGAGACGAGAUGACGAUCGAUUAUAUGAGUGCAGUGAACAGCACAUUGAUGCAAAGAUAUGGCUUCUCGUCACCAACGAAUCCCUGGGAACAUAUAAACUUCUCGAGCCCUGCAAGGAUCCACCUGGAUUCCUUCCUGUCAGUCUUCAACAUAGCUGGCCUGCACGAUGAGCUGUACCACAACGUUGCAUUGACAUCAGGAGAAAGCACCUUUGUCGACGGAGGAGUCGUGGCAGCCGCAAGAACUCUGCCGACAUGGUCGGACGGUGACCUCCCUGCCAUACCGAGCGUGGAGAGAAAAUCCGCUCAGGCAUUGCAGGAGGAAUGCCGGAAGAUGGCGGAGUCUUUCUCGACCACGAUCCAACAGGACGAGGGGAUCCUAGAUUCCGACGAGCCUAUCAGGAAAACCCGCGAAAUCGCGAUCAAGUACCGGCUGCACCGGAAGCUGCUGCUGCAGAAGAUCAUCGACUCGCUGGAGAUCUACCAGGACCGGAUUCUGUUCUAGAUAGCUGUUUAGGAGGCGCCAGCGUACGGACCUGUGUCGAGUGGAAACCGUUUCGGACGGUUAUAGUGCUAGUUCUAGGUGUGUGUGUCAAGUGUUCUGAAGGACACCGGCACCACCACCCUUGCAUUGUUUUGAAGGGCUUGAGCAAACCUAGAUUCAUAUAUAGGUUACUGGUACUGUAGUGGCUAGAUGACAAUAGGAUGGGUCCUGCCCAGAAGGAGGGAUAGCAAGUGCCAAGUGAGCUUUGCCAAGGCGGCUGCAGCGUCGUAGGUGGCUGGAAGAGUGGAAAAGAGAGAGAGAGAGAGAGAGAGCCUUCUUUCCUGCACAUUCUUGAUGACUGUUAUGGAUCAUUCCUAGACUUCCAAAUGCACCCUAACAGAGUCAUCAGGUUGUUCAAAGUGAUGUUUUUGGAUGACAAGAAGAGAGGAUAUCAUGAAA